AUGAGCGGAUAUCCACUUCAACAAGUUAUUAACCCCCAGCUCGCCUACGGCGCCCCGUCGGUCGUCUACCCGGCCCAGCAAUCCAUUUACACGUCUGUCAAUCCUCACAUGCCGGGCGGGGCCGUGCUUGUCCAGCCCCAACCGUACGGCAUACCGUGCAACCAUGCCCCCGGAGCCACGACCUGCUGGAUGCAUCGUCCUGCCGGUGAGCUGAUGCAGCUGCCGGCGCCAGCACCGGGUCGACCAGGACAAUGGAUCCAAUGGUGCAACGGCGCCGUCACCUGGCUGGCGGCACCCAUUGAGACUCUUUAG